GGACUCCAGCGCGAGGAGACUAGUCCUAUUGAGCCCUCAUCAAUCUUACAGUGCCAGUCCGGCUGCUCCAGAGACCACACCUGAAGAGAAAGCCAGAGUGACAGAAGGACAGCAAUCAGCCAUAACUGAUGACAUCCCUCACACACAUCCUUUAUCUCCCUAAAUUUGAUUUCAAACAGUAAGAAACACUUGAGAAUCAGAAACCAUGAAAGACUGGCGCUGGAUACCGCUGCAAAGAGUGAUCUGCCCCUCACCAGACUACCCAUCCUCUAAGAUGUCCCAGUCCGCAGUUACUGAAGAAGGAGGCACCUUUGAGCACCUGUGGAGUUCCUUGGAGCCAGACAGCACUUACUUUGAGCUCCCCCCAGGCAGCCGGCCAGGUGAGCGCCCAGUGCCUUCUACCAGCAUCACAGGGAGCCACCACAGCGCUGCCGAGGUCUCCAUGGACGUCUACCAAAUGAGGGACAUCAACGACAACGUAAUGUCCCAAUACAACUUGCUGAGCAGCAGCAUGGAGAGCUUGGGGAGCCGCGCGACGUCCGCCAGCCCCUACAGCUCCGAGAACGCCUCCUCAUCGGCCGUGCCCACCCCCUCACCCUACUCCCAGCCCAACUCCACCUUUGAGGGCCUGUCGCCUGCCCCGGCCAUCCCCUCCAACACCGACUACCCUGGACUGCACAACUUCCAGGUGUCCUUCCAGCAGUCUAGCACUGCCAAGUCUGCCACAUGGACAUACUCUCCCUUGCUGAAAAAGCUCUACUGUCAAAUUGCCAAGACCUGUCCAAUCCAAAUCAAGCUGUCCUCCUCUCCUCCUCAUGGCAGCAUUAUCAGAGCCAUGCCCGUCUACAAGAAGGCAGAGCACGUCACAGAAGUGGUCAAACGUUGCCCCAACCACGAACUAGGACGGGACUUCAAUGAUGGUCAAGCAGCCCCGGCCAGCCACUUGAUCCGAGUGGAGGGGAAUAACCUCUGUCAGUACUUGGAUGAUCCUGUCACUGGCCGGCAGAGUGUCUUCUUGCCGUAUGAGUCUCCCCAGGUGGGGACUGAGUUUACCACCAUUCUGUAUAACUUCAUGUGCAACAGCAGCUGUGUGGGCGGCAUGAACAGGAGACCCAUCCUCAUCAUCAUCACUUUGGAAACCAGGGAUGGUCAAGUGUUGGGUAGAAGGUCGUUUGAAGGUCGGAUAUGUGCGUGUCCUGGCCGAGACCGCAAAGCAGACGAGGACCACUUCAGGGAACAACAGGCCCUGAAUGACAGUGUGGCCAAAAAUGGCAGUGCCAAUAAGCGCAACUUCAAACAGAGUCCGCCAAAUAUUCCCAGUCCAAAUAUUAACAUGAGGAAGAGGCGGCAUGGAGAAGAAGAGAUUUACUAUAUUCCUGUUCGUGGUCGGGAGAACUUUGAGCUACUGAUGAAGAUUAAAGACAGUUUGGAGCUGGUGGAGCUUGUGCCACAGCCACUGGUGGACUCCUACAGACAGCAAACACAGCAGCAGCUUCUGCAGAGACCGAACCAUAUAGCAUCCCCCUCCUCUUACUCUCCACUAUCCAACAUGAACAAGCUUCAUGCCCACGGAGGCCUCAACAAAGUGCCCUCAGUCAACCAGCUGGUGGGGCAGCAGCCCCAGCAACAUCACACUGCCCCCACCUCCAUAGCUCAUAUGGGCUCAAACAUGCUCAACAGCCACCACAUGCAGGGAAAUGGUGAUAUGAAUGGUGGCCACAGCAGUCAGACUAUAGUGUCUGCCUCCCACUGCAGUCCGCCCCCUCCGUAUAACCCUGACCCCAGCCUUGUCAGUUUUCUGACCAGUCUGGGCUGUCAGAACUUCAUUGAGUACUUCACCUCACAAGGCCUCCAGUCUGUCUACCAUCUUCAGACUCUCUCCAUGGAGGAUUUAGGUGCACUGAAGAUACCGGAGCAGUUCCGCCUUGCCAUCUGGCGAGGUCUGCAGGACAUGAAACAAGUUGCUCCCCUCCAACUGCCUGCCUCCACUCAUCACCAUGACUAUCACGGCCAGCCGCUUCUUCGCUCCAGCAGCAACAUGACUGCCUCUGCAAUGGCAGCCAUUGGGGCAGCCAGUGGGGAACUGCAACGUCAGCGCGUCAUGGAGGCUGUGCACUUUCGUGUCCGCCACACCAUCACCAUUCCUAACAGGUCAGGUGUCGUUGGGACGUCAGGGAUGACAGGAGCUACUGAUGAGUGGGCUGACUUUGGAUUCGACAUGCCCGACUGCAAGCUGUCACGUAGCAAGCACUCCAUCAAGGAGGAGUUCAUGGAAAGUGAUGUUCAUUGAGCCUGAAGAGAAUUUUUUGGACUGUUUUACCAAUAUUAUGGUCAGCAUCAGCCUAUUUAAGUAAAGGCAUAUGGAUAGGGUCUUUAAAUGUGUUUUUAGGUGUUGCUGUCAAAUUUCAGUUAGUGAUAUUGCAGAGAAUCAAUAUCCAUUUUGAUUGUGGGACAUAUCAGUGUGUUAAUGCACUUUACUGUGCAGUCCUUAUUUAGUGCUUGAACAAUUUUUAUACCCAGAAGAUUGAACAUGAGAUGACACAAACGGACGUCAUAAGUGUAAAUAGCAAAUACCACUGUGGUAAUAGCAUUGUCAAGGCAAUGCUAGACACAUAUGGUCUUGACAACUUUUUGGAACUCUGCUAAGUGCAUGUUAAUAAAUGUAUUUUUUUUCUGGAAAACAGCAUGUUUAUUGGUUGUCAUGUGCAAUAAUACUUAACACAUAUUGCCCUUACUGCAUCCAGUUACAUUUAUAGUGAAUAUAAAAUGUAGCAAUUUUACAAUCACACAAAUAUCACAGACUUAUCACCAUUUCAUAACUUGCUACUUUCAAUUGUGUGUUUCAAUACAAAAAAAAAUAGUUUGCAGCUGACUUAUUUAUUGACAAGUUUACUUGUACAACUGUAUAUACUGUAUCUUGUAAAUGUUUUGGACUGGACAUGGUUGAAAAGGGGUAUUUAGAUUCAAAAUGUAUCUCCUGUUUGAAGCAAAUGUAAAGAAUUGAAUGGUAAAUCUGGUAAAAACUCACAGCUAUGGGAACACAUAAUCAUGUAUAUUUUUAAUGGCUAUGAUAAUGUGAUGACCUCUAGUUCAGUAUACCCUUAUCCUUUCAUUGUUAAAUUUUGUUUAAUGGGCUUUGGUAUUAAUAGUAUGUAUUAAUGAAAACUAAUGGAAAUCACUGUCAACACGUAAUAUUAGAAAUUAGACAUUGCAUCCAUUACUUUUUUAUCAAGUCAUAAGAAAUACUGUAAUUCUUGUAUAGACACACAUUGCAAAAUAGUUGAGACAAACGAAGAAACGAUCAAAUACAGUAUUAUAUUUAAAUAACAGGGAUUUAAUCAGAAUUAAGAAUAGCAUCCCUGUUUACCGAGAUACUAGACAAGACCUUAACAUUUUUUAAGCCUUCUCUGUGUAUAUUUGAAAAACCUUGCAGGGCAAGGUCCUCAUAUAUUAAUUAUAGCUAGUUGUGUACCUAGGCUAUGCAUCUUCAUGGCACUUGUUUGUGGAUAUUUAAUAGCAACAUUCCAUUUUUUUUUUUAGAUUGUCAUCCAGCAUGGUGCAAUUCUGGUAAGGGUGUCAAAUUUGUUUGUAGUAACUACUUCACUUUGUACCAUGAUAAGAAUUUGUACCUGAUUUACAUCCAUUUGCUUUACAAAGGCCUUCUCACUUAGGCUACCCACUAACCACAGACUGGUCAAAAAAAAGAGCACUUUAAUGCUGUAAAAGUAAAACAAUUAAGGAUUAUUUGUGCUUAUGAUACGUAUUAUGCAUUACCACAAUGUGAAUAGAAAAAGUGCUUGUUUUGAUAUCCCUGGUAAAAAUUUUGUUAACAGUUUUGUAAAGAUUACAAAAGUACAUGUGUACCUAUAUAACUAUUGCUGUUCAUCUGUGUCCAAGUUCAGUGUUUUUCUCCCUUAAAAUCAUCGAUAUUAAAA